UUCUGUAUUCGCUUCUAUCGCCAAUCUUCAUUCCUCAUCAAGGUCUUGACUGUUUUGUAAUAGUUUGCAGAGAACAUUGAUGAAUACAUUAACGUUCUCUGUAAUUUGUUCUUCGGGAAAUAAGACUAAAGUAUAGGAAAGAGCGAUGACAUUUCUAGAGUUAUUAUUUUUGCUUUUAGUUGGCUACUACUUCAUUUAUGUAAUUUUUUGGCUGAUUCUGGAUUGUAAUCUGGGACUAUGGUACACUUCAUAUUUCGGUUUAUCCGUUUCGUCGAUGCGUGGACAAGUUGUGUGGGUGACGGGAGCUUCAAGCGGUAUUGGAAGAGCUCUGUCGCUUGUGUUUGCUAAAUAUGGAGUGCGACUAGUAAUUUCUGCUAGACGGGAAAACUUGCUCGAGUCAUUGAAAAAAGAUUGCCUGGAGCGAUCGAAUGGUUUGUUGUCUGAGCGCGAUGUUUUAAUAUUGCCGAUGGAUAUGUUAAUGGUGUCUGUUCAUGAAGAUUGCUUUGAGAGCGUUCUAAAGCACUUCGGGCGUUUGGAUGUGUUGGUUAAUAACGCUGGACGUUCCCAGCGCGCAAGCUGGGAAGAGAUAGCGGUUCAAGUUGACCGGGACCUUUUUGAGUUAGAUGUUUUUUCGGUUAUUAAUCUUUCACGAAUCGUGGUUCGUUACUUUUUAAAACAGGCUGGUGGACAUGGACAUAUUGUAGUAACAUCAAGCAUUGCUGGAUUUUGUGCCGUCCCAUUUUCGGCGACAUAUUGUGCUGCAAAGUCCGCCAUAAAUGCAUAUUUAAAUACUCUGCGAAUGGAGCACCGUAACAUUGAUGUCACCACAUUCUGUCCGGGCCCAGUUGCUACGGAUUUCCUUCAGGAAGCCUUUACUUCAGAACCAGAAAAAAAAUACGGGCGGAGCACAGCUAACCAAAAACGGAUGUCUGCAGAACGGUGCGGAGCUCUAUUUGCCGCAUCGAUUGCGAAUAAAUUGGACUUGGCUUGGUGUGGUUUGUUUCCGUUAAUGGGCAAUAGCACAAUGAACAAAAUACGUGAAGGAAAGCUGUGAAUUUAAUCACAAUGAAUACUGAUAUACAUACAUAUGUAUAUACGUAACGUAACGUAAUGUUAAAUGGUUGUAAUAAACAUGAUGCAGCAAUAAUAAAGUGCAGGGAUUAAAAUAACCUCACAUUUGGAGGUAUUGCAUUUAAGUAAAUUAAAGAAGCAUUUGCAUAUUUCGUACUACAUUUUUUGACCCCUGUAUUUGCAAACUUAAAUUUUUAAAGAAAAAUUCGAAUAACGAUUUAUCAUAAGUUAACUUGUUUUAUAUAAAAUAUUUGCCAUAUCUUAAUAAAAACGAUUGAAAUUUUGUUUAUAAAAACUGUAUUAAAUAAAAUAAUAAAAA